AGUUGCCCAUUGGGCCGUCGCAAGACUUGACUGAUCCAUUCUCAAUUUUUUAGGAAUAAAAAGUGUGCGGGCUUCCGCGUGAACCCCUCUUCCGCAUGGCCCCAUUAUGAUUUUCUGGACGACACACACACACCUCCAGCCCGCCGGCUCGUAUCCAUCAUAUCGCAUCGCAACUUCGCGAAAUCGAAGGUUGAAUCGAGAAAAUCUGGGGUUGUGGACCGCCUGGGCCCCGAUAUUUUUGCUCGCCAUCAGUGUCAGCAGUCCUCCGCGUGCUCUUUCCUCAGUCUUGCGUGUGGUUUUGCAACUGUAUGCGUACACAUUGGCUGACGAACAACUCCUACACAGACCAUACUGCUCUAGACCACCGUCGCCCAAAACAGCACAUGACGGUGCUCUCCAUAGGCUUGGAGGUCUUGGCGUCAGAGAAGAGUCAAAACGUCACCCAUGGAUGGCGCCAAUGUCUACUUUUGCUCCGCCCAGUGCUUUGGAUCCCACCAAAGGACCGCUGAAAAUGGAGCCGUUCAAUCCGAUAGGUCUCCUUCGGGUCCGCGAAGAAGAAAAUAUACGUCCGUUCCACCGCGCGAUUAUCGACCUUGGUUUACUGGUGGACGAUCUGAUUGUACCAAGUAUAACAACGAAUGCGUUCACGCUCCACGGCGAUCAAGAAGUUCUCUUGGAUGCUCCAUAUCGACGCAAAGUCGCGUUUCUUUGCUAUCAGACCACUGCCGACGCACUUGCAGUGCCGAGUUCCCAAGUUACCCCUUAUACCCUCGAAAGAGAAGCACAGUUUGUGAAGCAUCUCGGAGAGGUGGAGCACCGGUGCGGGGUAACUAGCCACGCAGCUUACGCUAUUUCUGGCUUGAGCAUCCCAAGGUCCUUUGUCAUUCGCGCGGUCCAAAGACUUCUGUACUUCAAUGAAUGCGCAGCGCGUGGCGACGCUAGCCUAUUCCCCAAGUCCCCUGAAGAUCCUCCCAUAAACGCGGCUAGGCACAGCGUUCACCAACUCGACCAGCGUGGUGCUGGAUGUGUCUGGGCACGCAAAUCUAUAGUCGAAGCUUCGGCGUUUUGUAACUUGAAUGACAGAAUGGAAGCUUACGAACGCCGCGAGGAGCGCGUCUCGCAACGAUAA